CCGUUUCCUGCCUUCGGCGCACACUCGGCGAGAACCAAACGCAGUAAGUAAAACAGGGCACAAUGACCCUGCGAGCGAGGGGGCCUCUCGGGAACGUUUAUCGACUUCGACGCUCUCCGCCAAAAGACACACACCGACCGAUUCCGGGAGCACAGCUCGCAGAGACAUCGUUGAGACGCGUACAGGUAACCGAGGAAGGACCGGAUCAACACUCUUAUAGGUGGCCCAUGGUUGCAGGUUUCUCGGCUGUCUCGUACGCGCCCGCACGCCCAACUGCCGGUCCCACCCGGGCCGAAGGGCCGAGUCCAAGGGGGCCGCAGUCCACCGGAGGGGUGGCCGGCGGUGGCGCGCGCCCGGAGCAGACGACCAGCCCGAGCACGAUGGCCGGCCACUAUCGACGCCUCGAGGCUGCUAUCGCAGACGCGCUGUUGGCACCCAGCUGCCGGCCAUUCAAGACGGCGGGCGUUAGGCACGAACGGAACGUCAAGUUCUACACAGGCUGGAGCCCAUGGGUGUACUCCAACUUCCUGUCGCCGAAUGAACUACACGACUCUGGGUACCAUAGCCUCUCUCGCAAGCCCUUCGGAGAGACACCAACCAAGGCUCCACAAGCGGGGUCAAGGAGAGAGGAAGUUGCUGGCAUCAGGCAACGGUUCCCAUCUAAGAUACCGGUGAUUGUGGAACGCUAUGCCAAAGAAAGGAACCUUCCACUUCUAGACAAGACAAAGUUCCUGGUUCCUGAGGAGCUUACCAUGUCCCAGUUCAUGUCCAUCGUGAGUUGCAUGUGUCAGUGGCUCCGCAUCACCGUGGACAAGUGGACUUCAAAGCAAACGCAGCCUUCAAAUACAGCUGAAUGGAAUGAGUAUUGUUUGAAACAGACUGCAAAUCAGUGCCUGCCAAUCAUUCUACCUGCUCGUCAACAACAGAAGUAUGGCCAACCUGUCCAAGACCCUGGCUGACGUAUACACAGAGUUCCACGAUGAAGAUGGCUUCCUAUACAUCACAUAUGCCUCCCAAGAAAUGUUUGGCCUUUAGAAGAAGGACCGCGGAUUAUUACAUGCAUUUUUUGCCCAUACUCAUCGUUCAAGUCAUUUAAGCUUAUUUACAGACCUCACCAACAUUAUCAACCUGCUCCAUGCUAAUUUGCAAAAUCUGGCAACAGGUAUGCUUUGCAUAGUACGACUAUCUGCACCUGUCUGAACCUUUGCCAUUGGAGCCAAGCGAGGAGACACUUCACAUUUCCUGCUUGCAGAAUCUCACAUUCAGAUAACGAGUACAACAGCCAUUUUGCCUUUUGAAUGUUUCACCACAGCCCUUCAUCACCCUGUGUUUUACUUGAUGCAUGCAUACAGCAAAUAAAGAGAUCUUAUAAUCUUUGC